CCCACAGACUGUAGGAGGAACAUUUUGGAGCCAUCUCGAGUAAAACUUCACGGUGUUUCAUCCAUUACAAUCUACUGACAGCAGAUAGUUUGGACACUUUUCUGCACUACUCGACGGAUUUGACAGUCAGGCGGUAAAUCAGCUGAUGAGACGCUGAGUCGACACAGCAUUUCCUUAAAGUGUUAGAUGUCUGUAGUCCGCGGUCUAAACCUAAACCUGGGUGCACACUCACAUUCAUUUGUCCGCUUUUGUGAAAGCUGACGAAUCACUUUCGGUCGUUUCUGUACCUGCAGAAAGGCGUCUGUUAUUUUUCAGUAUUUAAACACAGGAUCCGUGUCCCGGAGUCACGAGUUUAUGAUCACACACACACACACACACACACACACACACACACACACACACACACACACACACACACACACACACACACACAUUUCCUCCUUAAAGUCUCAUCCUGGUGCUGCAGACAUAACCUCCGUGGACACACCAGUCGGAUGUGUGCACACUUUCAGCCGUAGGUUUUCCUUCAUCUGGACCCAGACUCAACAUGUUGUCAGUGGAUGAAGUGAAGCAGAGUUUGCAGAGUGCAGGGCAGCUGCACGUCCUGCAGUUUUGGCCGGAGCUCAGUGAGGAGGACAGGGACGUGUUCCUGCAGGAGCUGUCUCUGCUGGACCUCCAGGAGCUGAAGGAGCACUGUGAAGGAGCCGCCCGGGCCGCAGCCUCCCCCCCGGUCCGCCUGGACCAACACAUGGAGCCGGUACUGUCACAGUUCAUCGGCAGCGUGACAAAAAGUGACAAAAACACGCUCGCGCAGUGGGAAAAUGAAGGGCUUUUGCAAAUCUCCAAGAAUCGAGUCGGAGUCCUGCUCCUGGCUGGCGGUCAGGGAACCCGUCUUGGCGUUCAGUAUCCAAAAGGGAUGUAUAACGUUGGGCUGCCCAGUGGCAAAACCUUAUAUCAGAUACAGGCAGAGCGCAUUCACAAAAUCCAAGAGCUAGCAGAAGGCAAGCAUGGCACAAAAUGCACUGUUCCAUGGUAUAUAAUGACCAGUGAGUUCACUCUGGCUCCCACUGAGGUGUUCUUCAAAGAGAACAACUACUUUGGCCUUGAACCAUCAAAUAUUAUGAUGUUUGAGCAGAGGAUGAUCCCAGCAGUGACGUUUGAUGGAAAAGUCAUCCUGCAGAGUAAAGGGAAGAUCGCCAUGGCCCCAGAUGGGAAUGGUGGUCUGUACCAGGCCUUGGUGGACAAUAAUGUCCUGGAGGACAUGAAGAAGAGGGGAGUGGAGUACCUGCAUGUGUACUGUGUGGACAACAUCCUGGUCAAGAUGGCCGACCCUGUGUUUAUUGGGUUCUGCAUUAGCAAAGGUGCAGACUGUGGAGCCAAGGUGGUGCAGAAGGCAUACCCUACAGAGCCCGUGGGUGUGGUUUGCAGGGUGAAAGGAGUCCCUCAGGUGGUGGAGUACAGUGAGAUCCAACCAUACACAGCCGAACUCCAAGGUCCAGACGGGGAGUUGGUCUACAGUGCCGGAAAUAUCUGUAAUCACUUCUUUACUAGGGUCUUCCUGCAGGAUGUUGCAGAGAAAUUCAAAAGCCAACUGAAACAACAUGUUGCAAUCAAGAAAGUACCUUUUGUGGACACAUGUGGCAAUCAAGUCAAACCUACCAAACCCAACGGCAUAAAGAUGGAAAAAUUUGUAUUUGAUGUCUUCCCAUUCUCAAGGAACUUUGUCGUGUUUGAAGUUUUGAGGGAGGAUGAUUUCUCCCCUCUGAAAAAUGCGGAUGGGACGGCUACAGACAACCCCACCACGGCCAGGAACUCUUUACUGAGUCAACAUUGCCGCUGGGCUAGAGCUGCAGGAGCCACACUACUGGAUGAAGAUGGAAAUACCCUCCUUCCUGCAGACAGGGUGUCAUCAGCAGGCAAUCCUCCAGCUAAAUGUGAGAUUUCACCGCUGGUCUCCUACUUUGGAGAGGGUCUGGAGCAACUGCUGAAAGGAAAGACUCUUCAGACUCCAUUGAUUCUGGAUGAAAAAAGGGCCGAAGAGCUGCAGACUCAGUAGCAUGUUUCUGAUAAACGGAGUAAGGCUGAGAAGAUACACUAGGUGUAGUGGGAUGAAUUCACCACAGAGACAGUAACCGGGGUUGCAUGUAUUUUGGUGGUUUGUUCCCAAGAGUGCACAAAUGGAUGGGUGUUUGAAAGGCCUGUAAUUGCAAUGUAUUACAGAAAAUGAGCUAAAUGGUAAACAAUGUGAUGCAAUUUCUAAGCAAAUGAAAAUACUUUCAUAAUCAAGGGAGUGGGAAUGAAAAGCAGUUUUUUUUAUAUGGAAAAAUAAAAACAAAAAAUACCAAACUU